AUGGCAAUUCACAAGCGAAAAAAGGUGGUCCUCCAACCUUGGGAGCACCACAUUGAUCCGAAUCCUUUUCCUUCCAUCUCCGCUCUGGAGGAAACCACGUCGAACGAAGAGCUUGAUGCCGUCUUGGAUCAGAUCACAGGAAAAGAAGGCGGGAUUAUCAUCCAGCAGUACAAACCACAUGCCAGCUGGUUAUGGUCUCAGUUCUAUGGAACCGUCAUCUACAGUUCCUGGGCCAAAGCGUUGCAACACAUGGCCAUUGCUUCACUUUUUUGUGUUUGGGUUCGCUAUCAGACACACGGCGACUUUCAUGUCUUAACACUCGAAGGCAUGGGUGAUCACUGGUUGGCGAAUGCCUUUACUAUUGUCGAGAAGAUGUGGGCGGUACUCAUGGGUUUGACAACAUUUUUGUUGACCUUUUUCGUUGGUCAGGCUUGGACGUUUUGGAAAUCCUUUAUUGACGUCAGUCGCAAUAUCCAAGGUCGAUUUAAUUCCAUUCAAAUGUUGCUGGCCUCACAUGCGGCUAGAGACGAAAAUGGCAAUUAUACUCCUGAAGCGGAAGAGUUCUUGAGAGAUAUGGGGAAGCGUCUGAAACUGUUUCACACCCUACACUGGGCAUCUCAAGCCCUUCGCUUUCGUCCUCUAUUGACCGAUCAAGGAUGGGAUCACAUGGUAGCUCGAGGUCUUUUGACCGAAAAAGAGCGGCAACGACUGCAUAAACUGAGACUCUCAUCAACGCAAAAACACGUUGGGGUCUUUCAGAGCAUGAUGGUCCUAGCUCUAAAAGGCAUGAAGGAUAAGAAAAUUAUUGGCAUUCAGACGUCAUUCCUGGAAAAGAAGAUCACGGAAGAGUUUUGUACGCUUCGCGGAACCUCUGCGACUAUUUCAGGUCUUGUCGCUGGAAGGAUGCCAUUGGCCUAUGUUCAUUUCGUUCAGAUCCUGGUUGACACCUUUGUGAUGCUCACGCCUAUCGCAAAAUACAAGGACCUGGGUAUCUUUUCGGUGCUCAUGAUUGGAAUCUUGACUUUCUUCUACCAUGGGCUUUUGGUACUCGCCAAGGUUUUCAUGGAUCCACUCGACAACGAGCAUUAUAAGAAAGGCUGCGUCUAUCUUGACUUGGCAGUGCUGCUUCGGGAAAGUAAUGGCGGAAUUGAUAAUUGGAUUGCCGGUGGCGAGACAAUUAAUGGGUACGAGUAG